AUGGAUUCUGAUACCGGCUCCACCUGCAGUCGCUCCUCGUCCCCAGACCUUGCCGUCGACUCCAGUUUCUUCUCCAGCAAGGUGUUCCAGCAGGCUGGGAAAGCCUCCAACGGAUCUCCGGCUUCUGGAGGAAAAAACCGGAACCGUCCAGAGCUCUCGAAAGAAGACCUUCAGGAGCUGCGUCUCAAGGUGAACAGCCGUGAGCGGAAACGCAUGCACGACCUCAACCAAGCCAUGGACGGCCUCCGUGAAGUCAUGCCGUAUGCCCAAGGGCCCUCGGUGCGCAAGCUGUCUAAGAUCUCCACCCUCUUGCUGGCGCGCAACUACAUCCUCAUGCUGUCCAGUUCCUUGGAGGAGAUGAAGAAACUCGUUGGCGAGGUUUAUGGCUCCAGCGUGGCCCAAAACCAUGCCCCAAGGCCUGUGUUAGCUCCAUCCCAGCUUCCCUUGCACCCACUGGCCCAGUCCUUGCACUCUUUGGCAGGCGGAGCUGCGGCUGUGAGCGCCACCUCCCUUCAGCACACCAGCACGCACACAGCUACAGCUCAAGGUCCCCAUUCUCCAUCAUCAGCGGGAUAUCUGAGCUUCCACGCGCCACCGAUUCCAAGCUUACUGAAGGACCCACUGCAUUUGGCCAGCUCGUACAGGCACUUUCCUGGCAUGCCGUGUCCGUGCUCCCUGUGCCAGCCUUUACCAGCAUCCACAGCCAGCCUGCACGGCCUCUCCAUGAGCAAGUGA